AUGGCGACAGAUGGGAAGAUAUCCCAGCCUUUGCAUCUGCCCAUUCUCAAAAGGCAGGACCCAAGUGGGUCGCCUCGCCUCUAUGAUCCACCUAGCUCUCAUCGCCUAUCGGUGGCGAGCACUGGCGUUAGUGAGGGGUACACACCCUUGUUCCGAUCCCCCGAAACGACCUGCAGGGUCAAGCCAGCCUCAAGUCCGAAGGCUCAGCAGGACUUCUCGAUGCUCCUUCAUUCACUGCCAUCGACACCCUCAGAGCACGGAAGAGCUCCGCUUCAAGAUACUGUUCGCAAGGCGCACCGCAUUUCGCAAGCGUCUGCAUAUGAAACCCACAAUGUCCACCUUGUGGACCCGGAGAUCCUUCAUGCGAAGAAAUAUGGGAAGACCUUGCCGCCACUCAAAGUGACCUACCAGAACAUGCUGCCUGAAGGAAUCACCAAGUCUACUGCUGAGCUUAUCUUCAAUAUUCCCAAGGAGGCGAUGCUGAAACAAGCUGGCGUCAGCGUUCAUACACACGAUCCUAUGUUCACGAAAGAAGUUACGCAGUACCAGUUGGAGUAUCCCUGCCCACCAGCCGCAGUCCGCAGAUUCCCUGGAUAUGAAUCCUUUCCACUGCUCCUCAGCCAUUUCGAGAAACAAAAACUGGAUUCAAACAUAACUGAUGAAGAAGAUGUCAAACAUCUUCGGGGACACAACGAAGCAAUGCUCGAAAAUGCUUGGCGCGGGAAGCCACUGGUCAAAGGCCCUGUUGUGCGUGAGGCGUACAUGCACGUCCCAUCUUUUGGGCGCGUGCAAGUUAUGCUGACUGAGUACCAAGACGGCACAAGUUACCCCCUUGUUACGCUUCCGAAGAUGACGCCUUAUGAUAUCCUCAACGUGUUGGAGAGGCAGCGACAGGCCAAGAUUGACGCUCCCUGGCUCGCUGUGCCUUCCGCUGAAGCCAUUUAG